CUCCCAUUCGUCUCUCGUGCUUCGUCCUGGCACGGUCCGGAACUCUAGGGUCAGCUAUGUCAUUCUGUGUUGGAUGUCUGUCCCUAUUAGCAGAACGUCCGCGCCGAGUAUGCCGGACCCUGUCGCUCUGCCCGCCGCGUCCUCCGGGCCACCGCGUGCCGGGCGCACAGCAGAUGUCUGUGUCACUUGCCAUGAACACGCUACCUGCAAGCAAACAGAAGGGAUGAAGAUGUGUAUUUGCAAAUACGGAUUUGUGGGCAACGGGAGGACUUACUGUAUUGAUAAAAAUGAGUGCCAGUAUGGAGCGACCGCAGUCUGCGGAAACCACACAUCUUGCCACAACACGCUCGGAGGCUUCUACUGCGUUUGCCUAGAAGGAUAUCGAGCCACAAACAACAACGAAACGUUCAUUCCCAAUGAUGGCACCUUUUGCGCAGACAUAGAUGAGUGUGAGGUUUCCGGCCUGUGCAGGCAAGGAGGACGGUGUGUGAACACUUACGGAAGUUUUGAAUGCUACUGUAUGGAUGGAUACUUGCCAAAGAAUGGGCCUGAGCCUUUCCACCCAGCCAGAGAUGCCACGUCAUGCACAGAAAUAGACUGUGGCACCCCUCCUGAGGUCCCAGAUGGCUUUAUCAUCGGAAAUUAUACUUCUAGGCUUGGCAGCCAGGUUCGUUAUGCUUGCAAAGAAGGAUUUUUCAGUGGCCCGGAAGAUACAAUUUCAAGCUGCACAGCCUUGGGCACAUGGGAGACCCCAAAAUUAAAUUGCCAAGAGAUCAAGUGUGGCCAUCCUCCGCACGUGCGGCACGCGGUGAUGAUGGGAAAUCACAGCUCCAGCCCGGGCAGCGUGGCUCACUACGUCUGUGAAGAGGGCUUUGAGAGCCCUGGAGGAAAGGUCACUGCUGUUUGCACGGAGAAAGGCACUUGGAGACAAAGUACUUUGACAUGCACAGAAAUAAUUGCAGAAAUUAGUGAUGUAUCAGUGUUUAAUAACACCUGUGUGAGGUGGCAAAUAAACCCAGGAGGCAUCGUCUCCAAGACUGUCUACGUGAUAUACAUAAAAGGACAACGGUUGCACCCUGUGGAAUCAGUUCACGAGGAGACAGUCAACGUGACCACAGACAGCAAGACCCCAGAAGUGUGCCUAGAUCUGUACCAAGGCACCAACUACACCGUGAGCAUUUCCACCGCCCCUCCCACGCGCUCUAUGCCGGCCAUCGUUGGGUUCCAGACAGCUGAAGAUGUCUUAGAAGAUGAUGGAAUUUUCAAUAUUUCAGUAUUCAGUGAAGCUUGUUUGAAACUGAACAGGCACCCUAGGAAACUUGGAUCAGAACAAAUGUACCAAUUUAAAGUUCUGGGUCAAAGGUGGUAUCUGAAUAAUUUUUAUCAUGCAACAUCAUUUAACUUCACAACGAGGGAACGCGCUCCAGUGGUGUGUUUAGACCUGUACCCAGCAACUGAUUACACAGUGAAUGUCAGUCUCCUGGGAACUUCUGAGCAGCACUCAGCGCAAAUAGUGCUGACAACUGCACCAGGAGUAAAACAGAUCAUCGGUAACAUUUCAAUAUUUAAUGAAACCUGCUUGAGAUGGAGAAGUGCAAAGACAGCUGAUAUAGAGGAGAUGUAUUCAUUCCACAUUCGGGGCCAGAGAUGGUAUCAGAAGGAAUUUGCCCAGGAAAUGAUCUUUAAUAUCACUGCCAGCAGCCAGGCUCCUGAGAUGUGCUUGGACCUGCGUCCGGGCACCAACUACAGCGUCAGCGUCCAGGCUUUGUCUUCUCAGCUUCCUGUGGUCUUCUCCCUGACAACCCCGAUUACAGAGCCUCCCCUUCCGGAAGUAGACUUUGUCACAGUGCAUGGAGGGCCUCUACCACGUCUGAGGCUGAGGAAGGCCAAGGAGAAAAACGGACCUAUCAGUUCAUAUCAGGUGUUAGUGCUUCCCCUGGCCCUCCAAAGCACAUUUUUUUGUGAUUCUGAAAGGGCCACCUCAUUCUUUAGCAACACUUCUGAUGCUGAGGGAUAUGUGGCUGCAGAACUACUGGCCAGAGAUGUUCCAGAUGAUGCCACGGAGAUAUCUCUUGGAGACAGGCUAUACUAUGGGAAGUACUAUAAUGCACCUUUGAAAAAAGGGAAUGAUUACUGCAUUAUAUUACGAAUCAUCAGUGAAUGGAAUGAGGUGAGAAGAUGUUCCUGUGCAGUUUGGGCUCAAGUGAAAGAUUCGUCAUUCAUGCUGCAGCAGAUGGUGGGCGUCGGGCUGGGCUCCAUGGCUGUUGUGAUUGUUCUCACAUUCCUCUCCUUCUCAGCCGUGUGAUUGCAGAUGGGCGCUACGUGUGGAGAAUGCAGUGCUGCUGGGGCAGGUGUAAUGACCGCUUCUCAGGCGCCUGCCUACGCAGAGGCCCUGUGUGACUUCCAUCCAGGUGUGUGUGGGUCUGCAACUUUUUCCAUUCCCAACCUGGCCCCAUUUCUGAAUUCAAGAUGGUGGAUACCUCUGUGGAACCCCCCAAGAGGAGGAAACUCAGGAAUUGCUGACGUCUUCUCUGCUUGCUGCACAACCAGUUCUGUGUCUGGGAACUGGAGACCCUGGAGAGACAAUGCAAUAUUGGCCACAAGCUACAGAUCAUGUGGGCUGGACCUUUGUCUUCCUCUGAGUGAGUCCUGAGAGUCAGCUCUUCCGGACAUUGAAUGCAAGAGUCUCUGCACCUUCCUUUACAGCAUCUCUGAAUUAAUUUGGAAUCCAUCUUUUUACAAUGAGCAAUGAGAUGGACUUAAGUUUGGGCUAGAAUUUGCCUUUAUGAAGGAGGUCAUUGAAAAGGAUAGAGAUCAUUGAUAGAGGCAACUUGUCAAACACUUGAGAAGCAACCCCUUUCCUACAAUUAAUUGACAUACUAGUAGAAAGUAUACUAACCUGGCCACUCCAGUAAGUUCCCUGCAAUGUCUGUUAGGCAGCAUUGCUUUGAUACAGAUCCAUGGGUCUUACAGGUAUUCAAAAGCCAUAAGUUUUCAUUCUAAUAAAAACAUUCUGUUAAUUUAGGCAGUUCUUCUCUUCCACACCAAAGUCUAUAGCAGUCUUGGCUAACUUUUUUUUAUUACUCUCUCUUAAAAAUGCCCUGUGUCUUCCUUUAGAUCGGGUGCUCAUGUAAUGACAAUGGACUGAAACACUGGCCAGCGUCCAUGUGUUUACAGGGAGGGGGGAUGAAUGUGAGUGAUAUGAUCUUCCCCUUUACCUACAACCUCAGUAACUAUGACUGUUACUUUUUCAUGAACCAUGACAUAUUAGAUGUAAGCCACCCUGGGCCUAAUGUCAACUUGCUGAAUUUACAGAUGGAGUGUAUUAGAUUGGACUUUUAAAGCCUGAAUCAGUGUUCUUUUCUUUCCUCCCUAACCAAUGACGUAAUUCCAAGGCUCAGUAAGAAACGAAUGGAGCAGAGGUACGUGGCUUUCCUAAGCAACAAUGGAAUUCUCUCUCUUCUCCCUCUUUUUCGAGGCCUGGAGAAUAAAAAGCAUGGGGGAGGAAAGCAGGGGACAGUCCUAGUAUACAACCUCAGGGUGCAGUGGAUAUGAAUGUGACCCUGGAAUCGUGCAGGAUUGCAGUCUUGAGGAAGAGGGACAAUGUUCCUGAUGGGGUGGGCUGGUGUGUUCUUUCUCCGCUAGCUCACUGGGCAUUGGUGGGAGUCAGAUCUGAGUGAUCUGGGCUGGUGGGCAGAGGAGGAAACGAGAGGAACAAUGGAAACAGGUGGAAACUGUCCGUGCGGCUGCCCUGUCCUGGGACACCUGGCUCCAAGUAUAUCCCCUCAACUGGGAAGAGUCAGAGAGAGGGAAGUAAUAUUCUGACACUUGGGUGUUCAGGGACAGCCGUCAGCCCCAAUCCCGUCAGCAUUAGGCAAUAUUCGGAAUAAUUGUCCUUUGUCCUCUAAGGUACUACUCCAAACUAUAACGUAGGAUCAGCAUUUAGAACCUUUCCUGCUCUCAUCUUAGGUGACUUACAGAGUAGAGCUCUCAAAAGACUAUUACAAAUAGCUUUCUAUUUUUAAUGUUUAUGUGCAACUAUUCAAGCUCAUACUAUUUUCACAGCCUUUGAAUGAAAUUUGGAAUCAUUACAAAGUAUCGUGGCUAGUGUAGGGUAAGAUCUCUGAUGAGUAAGGCUUUCCUGAAAGUCUCCUCUAUCCAAAAAGAGAAUCCUAUUAUUAUUAUUAUUAUUAUUAUUAUUAUUAUUAUUUUUACUGGUUCUGUAAACACCAUAUGUUUCUGCAGGCCCUUUAAUUUCUAGCUUUAGAAUUAGCUGCCAGAGAAGUUCCUGUGGUCCGUAGGGGAGCUUAGCAAAAUUGUCAUUGAAAGGAAGAAGUCCCACUUGCUUAGUAUCAGAAGUUUCUGGUUAAAAUAACUGACUAAAUAUUAAGUAAAAUAUUAGGUAAAAUGUACUUCUGGGUACAGUGAGGAAGUGUAGAAUAGUUUAUGAAAGAACACUAAAAUAUUAAAAACACGGACUUUUUCACUGCCUCUAAAUGUUCCAAAUGAUAGCCCAGGGUUGCUCAGAGGUUUAUUCAACAAGAGCAGGUGGUGAGCAUGAGCGAAAGGAUGCACCAUCUUUCUGCAGCUCCAACUGUUUUCUCAUAAACACGAGGGCAGCCAGAAGUUCUCUAAAUUUGCCUGGUAGCUUUGCCACAAGACUGUUCUUUUUUUUUUUCCAAGGGAUUUGUGGUUAAGGUGGGGAGGGCAUCUCGGGAGAGCAAUAGUGGGUCUUCCUGGGAGAACGCAGGGUCUGUUUGUGGAAGGACUGGUCGGGUAGCACUGGAGUUGGGUUUGAGUGCCACAAAAUAAAGCUAGGUCCAAGCUGGGGAUGGAGAAGGAUCUUUCCCUUAUUAACUGUCUGGGGGACAGUGUGUCGAGGUGAGCACUGAAACUGGUUGUGAGCUCUCUUCUAGACGAGGAAUCAAAAUUGGGGGUUGCCCAGCCAUGGGGCAGAUUGUCCCCUGGCUGGUUUGUGUGUGUGCACGCCUGUAGUUUUGAGUUAUCUCCACUGGAAUUUUUUUUAUACACAUCCCUCCAUUCCCUCCUCAUGACAUGUAUGGUGGGAAGGUCAGGGGUUACCGUUAUGUAUGGUGGGAAGGUCAGGGGUUACCGUUUUCCCCACUUUAGGAUGGAGAAAUGGGUUCAGACAAGUAUGGGACCUGAAUUGUGGGGUCAAGUCUUCUGACUGCAAGGCUAGUCCUCAUUCCUGGAAUUGGACAGGACUUGAGCUAACCUUUGAACAGCCCUUUAGGUUUGGGGGAAAGUCAGGUCAUACAUAUAUGUGUGUGUGUGUGUGUGUGUGUAUGUGUGUGUGUUUUAACCAUUGUCCUUUACUGUAGCACAGGCCUUUUUAUAUCUGUCUUUUCACUAUAAGGUAUCUCCCCCUCCCUCUCUCACUUCUAGAAGGAAACACAAACCACCAGAGGGAGCUUAAUUAGGGGAAAUAGGUAAUGUCUGUCUCUGACUCAAGACCUGAAAUUGUAGCUGGGCACUUAACCAAGACCAGAGAGAAGUGAUUAUCUGGUAAUUCCACAUUAGCUUGGAAUCGAGUUAAUAUUUAAAUUGAUUUUAAAGGAAGUAAAACAGAAUUCUCAGUGCUCCCUUUUUAUUGCUAAUCUCACAUUCAGAUUUUCUAAGCCUUCUGUUUUCCCAUUCUAUUCAUCUAGGAGAAAACGAGUCUUAGUAACAGUAGUCAAUCAAAUAGAGUGUUAGGGGUCUUUUGCCUGCCACAACCAUUGUUGCUGAGCUGAAGUGCACGAUUUGGGAGAGGAAAGAGGGUGUGGCUUUUUCUGCACCCACGUUUGUGGGCGGGUGAGAUACAUUGAAGCAAAUCAAUUUAAAAAAGCAGUGUGCUCAUUGUUUGAGAGAAAGAGGAUGAGUGAAUCAUUUUGGUGAUGUGCAUGUAUGCAUGUGUAUCCGUAUCCAUAGAUUUUGGGCACAACUCAGGGUUAGCAAAAUGGGGUCCAGCUACAAGUGUUGUUUUGUAAACUGCUUCUUUCCUUCCUGGGCACAUUUAUUUAUUUAUUUAUUUUUUCUAUGUCAGCAAUGACUACGUUAAAAGUUUGUGCCCUAGUUUCUUUAACCAAUACUCUUCUGUGCAUGGUGCAUUUAGAAUGUUUCCAGAUGUUUACUAUCCUUAUACAAUUCGUAUAAUAUAUGUAAUUAUCAUUUAGGCUAAAUUCCUAGGAGUGAAAUAGAAAACAAUAUAAAU